AUGGCUGUAUCAAUGACAAUUACACCGGCAUCCGAUGAGGUAUUUGUGCUCAAAUUGAACAAUUAUGAGGAUUCUGCGUCACGAAGCAAAAAGUGCUGCGGAUUUCAUUUAAGUCGAUCAAAAUGGGACCCUUAUCCUUGGAUUGGAUCCGUCGAACGCGGAAGUAUUGCCGAAAAAGCAGAUUUGAAGUCUGGUGAUUGCCUUCUAUCUAUUAAUGGCACGGACGUAGUAGGUUUACGUGUAAAAGAAAUAGCUUCCUUGAUACGAACAUAUGAAAACGAUGAGUUAAGCCUUCGAGUUUUUCGCAGCAACCAAGAAACAUCUAAACAUUCUGAAACAGCCGGAGGCAACGUUACGGCUUUAGAAGGCCCUUUACCAGAAGUAGCAAAAAAGCUGGCAAAUGCAAUUUCUGGAACAGUACGAGCCUUGGAAUGUCCUGUAUGCCUUGAAAGUGCAGCUUCCCCGGUAUCGCAGUGUGUCCACGGUCAUAUACUGUGCGUAGGAUGUAGGCCGAAGGCAAGUCGUUGUCCAGUCUGUAGGGUUCGGCUUGGUCAAGGUAGAUGUCUUCUGGCGGAUCAGAUUCAUAGAAGCCUGAGAGAGGCCUUUGACAUUCAACAGUCGCAGGGAUGCCGUUCCUUGAGAGAGAAAAUAUUUGGUAAAAAUCGAAGAACAGAAUCAGCAGGGCCUAGUGGCACAAAACCAGAACGAUUACUUACAAAACUGUUAAAAGGAUUUGAUAAGGCUGCCUCCGCUGAAAACCUAUCCUGUUCUUCGCAUGGAAAUUCUAAAGAUUUUAGAUCCAGAUCAGAGCUGAGUGUGGCUGACCGUACAAAAUCAGCUAGUACCGGAGAACUUAGUCCCAAUUCUGAUUGUGAUGAAAGAAGUCCUUCGAGAUAUGGUAAAAGGCCCUCAGAAUACGAAGAUGAAUCUCCAAGGUUAUCGCAGCUGCAAGUGGAGACUCCAGUGUGGGGUGGCUCAAUUGAUUCUGUCACAACAGGAACUAUUAAAUGUCCACUUGGCUUAAGAAGUCAUUGUAAUGAGAUGCUUACGCAAGAAACACUAAUGGAUCAUCUUGGUAAAAUGCACGAAGGACCCCAAGUGCACUUUUAUGGAGGUCGUGCAACAAUACCUGUACCUCUUCCCUUUGGACAAAAUGCAAUUUACUUACUACAUCAUGGUGGUGAAGUAUUUUUAUUUCAGCAAAAGGAUGAGGUGGCCUGGAUUACAGCCAGCAGUGUUACAAACAGUUGGGAAUGGUCUUUACGUGGAUGGGGUGAAAACGGAACCGAAAUUAGAUUAAGAAAAGAUGUUAUGUUCUCAGAAGGUCCGCCAGUUCCAUUACCAAGACACUUGGCACCAAUCCCAAAAGCUCUUUCAAUUCGUUACUUGGACAUCCAGUUGUUAGACGGUCAAUCUGAAGAAGGCUUGCAACUUUAACUAACAUUACAUACUCGACAAGAAUAUUAUAAAAUCAUAACAAAUUGUUUAUUACUAUUUAAGAUAACAAUACAAGAUCAGCAAUAUAAAGGCACUAGUUUUUAUUGGCACAAUCUUACCAGUAAUGGUAACGGCAGAUGGCUGUUUAAAUACUAAGGAAGUACAUGUAUUGGCACUAUAAAUUUUACUUCAAAUUCUUAUAACUAUAUGGAAUGGUCAGUGAAUUUGGAUUGAAUUCUUUGUAUCGAUUAAAUUGUAAGGAAAGUAUUGUACUUCAAUUAAAUGUCACAGACACAUCUUAUUAAAAAAACUAAACCUGAAACAAUGUUAUACUCGUUAAAACAUGUAAAAUGUAAGCAACGUUUUAAAUCUUCGCAGAUUUACUUCAAACAAUUAACGUGAUUACAGCUAAACGUUUCAAUGUUAAAGGGGUCUCCUAAUCUAGUCAUCAAGUAAUCCAAUAAUGAAAAUCGCAGAUAUAGGUAAUCAGAUAUAGCAUUCGACAAAAAAAAAAACAUUUCCAUGUGACGUACAUGAUCCAGGCCGUUCCGCUGAUCCGAAACAGAAGAACGAAAAAGGUUCUUAAUCGGUAAGAGUGCGGCUACAGUUGGUAACAAAUCUAUUUAAAUAAUAAAAAAUUAAAAAUUUGUAAAAUAGCGAAACUUUGAAAUUUGACUUUUGAUUACUCCCUUUUCUUACAUUUUAACGACUGCAAAAAUAAAAUAUUUCGACUAAAUUCGGUCACCUGCUAGACGUGUACAUUUUUUGAACAGGUAUGGAAAAGUUGGACCAAUUUGAUCCAAUGGAACUGGAAAUAUCAUUAACGCCGUCAUAAAAAUCGUCUUUCCGAGAUAAACGUGGUAAAAAUUUAGGUUCCGAUGAAAUGAGUAUGCUUCUGUAUUCUUUCAUAGAGCUAAUUAAGCAGAUUAGGAUCGUAGAGGUAGUUUUUCCUUGUUGAAAAAACCCUCUGUAGGAUCUUCAAAAUAUCUUCAGCCUCGUAAUCGCGUAUAAACGUAUAAAGCAGUUGUGAUUCAGUCAUUUGCACGCACUCUUCCCUGUAGACCUUUAUAAUUGUUCUUUCAUUUAAUUGAACUUAAGGUAAUAUGAAAGGGUCAUUCUGUACUGCAGUUUGGAGAAAAGUUUUAUAAAUAUUUUGACGUUUGAUAUAUAAAAUGACCCUUUCAUAUCACCUUAAAUCAUGAGAAGUUACAAUAAAGAAAAUAGAUUUUUCCAGACCUCUAGACUAUAAGACCCCCUUAAAGCCAAGCACAGGUUAUCAGUUUGUACAAUAGUUGAGCAACAAUUUGAUCCUCCAAUGUUAACACUCACUGACAUACACAACUAAACCAUUAAUCAAUAAGGUCAAAAUAUGAACUGCUUAGUUACUCAGACUUUUAGCUGCGCAUCAGUUGUAAGUGAGACAACGCUGAUAUAGGUAUACGCAGAAUUAUUAGCGUAACUAAACUGCUGCGCACCUAAUUAAUGCGCUAGGCCUAAAAAAUGUACUUGCAUUCUUGACAUAAGUGCAUGUUAAAAUGGCAGGGUGGACCACCGUCAAUGGCAAGUCCUUCUAUUAUCUGUAAAAUCUUAUCACUAUUACACCAUUACUGCACUCAGCAAGGUAUAUGGUUAUGCAUGAUAAAAUAGUUUUAUACUGGCACAUGGCCCAUAAUUAUGGUCUCUAAUAGAGAAGGUACCGCUGCUACUACUUCUUUAAUUCUGCCAUGGCUUUUGGUUUAUUCAUUUAUUAAAAUACUUCGAUAUAUUGAUAUCUACAAUGGCUGAUAUACAAAAGAUAAAACGUUAUUUUAUCUGCACGUUUGUAUUGAAUGCACAGAACAAGUCGGUUAAAAAAUUAAUUUUACUCCGAUGCUUGAAAAUAUUGGGUAAAACUGGGAUUUAGGGGAACCAAUAUCGAUAAACUUGACCUUGAUGUAUGUUGUCAAGGUCACCCUCCUGAAUGACUUCCACAAGGUUUUAGCUCGCUCGUUGUUUGCUUGUUUGUUUCUCGUUGUUGAAUAUAC